CGCUCGGCUGCUCGCCGGUCGCUCUCAAAGUUCGUUCUCUUCUCUCUGCGCGCGUCUGUCUAUAGCGGACGCAUUUCGCGCCCCUAUAGCUUGGUGACCCAGACGUAGCAAGCUCACGCAAUGGACGACGAAAUGAAACUGAACCUUUGUACGUGACUUCCACGCCGGGGAGGCCGGCGCCGCGAACAUAAACAUCCGCUCGUUGUGCAGACGCUCACGGCGGCGGCGGCGGCGGAAUCGGAUCCACUACAGUUAAAUUAUUUACAGACCUCUGGGGCUUGUCGCUCUUUUCCCUGUGUUUUAAAAAUCUAGGCCUUCAUUUAAUGCAAUAAUAAUAAUAAUAAUAAUAAUAAUAAUAAUAAAUAGUCGAAAAUAUAAUGUCAGUACCCUUUAAUUUGCGACCCGAUAUAGUUCUGGUGUAGUAAUAGCGAAGAAGUAAGACUGGUGCAUCUCAUGUGGCUCCACAAGGAGUGGGUGUUCCCCCAACGAGCAAGGAAAAGAAGAAAGAGAAAGGCAUGAAUCGGCGUUCUGGUACAAGGGCCUUGGCAGAAAAUUCGGAAACCAUGUCCGAGCCGGUGCUACGCAACGACGACUUCAGUGGCGUAAACAACCAGCAGCAAGUCGUCCUCGCCAACAAUGCGGCCAACCACGAGUCCCCAUGGAAGACGUUCCUGUGUGCAACCAGCGCCUUCGUGGCCUUCACCAUCGCCACAGCCGUCAUACUGUUCUACUUCAGGAGGUCGCCAGCUGUGCGAUCCCUCGUGAAAUUUGGUACUUCCACACCAGAGUACACAGAGGAAAGCUCCGUGGUAAGCCCCAUAACUGUGCCCUACGAGAAGCAGCGCAUGGGCCUGCGGAUGGCGUGCGUCGAGGACGGCGACUGCCAGGACGAGGCGCACCUGGUGUGCGGCUCGGACGGCUUCGACCGCGUCUGCCUCUGCGACAGCGGCUACGUGGAAGGAGGCAGCGACUGCUCCGAGAGCCCCUCGCAGCCCGGGGAGCCGUGCGACGGCCGCAUGCGCUGCGCCAAGCGCACCAACAUGGUGUGCGACCAGUUCCUCAAGCCGCCGCGCUGCGACUGCAUGGCCGGCACGCUCUGGCAGGAAAACAAGUGCGUCGCACUGUUCGAAUUGACUGGCAAUCAAGAGGAAGAGCGACCGCAAAACGCGACAGCCGAAGACAGCGAAGAGACGUUUACAGUUAUGCGCAAUGAAUCGACGCCGCAGCUAUAGAGGACGCACUAGGUUCGGCAGCAAAAACCCUCACGACGCCGUGGACGACACUGAUAUUGAUUUUUUACAAUUACAGUUGUACCAUUCAGGUAUACAGUGCCUGUAUGUUCCUGUGUCAAAUGAAUGCUGACUGAAAUAUCA